AUGAGAAUACUGUACUCUUUAUCAACUCUUUGUUUUCUAUUGCGAUUUGGUGAAGCUGAUUCAGGUGAUCAGCUCGUUGGAUCGAUCACAAAAGACGGCUCAGAUAUUCUCAAGAAAGCGUCCACGGGUUUUGGGCAUGUUAGACAGUGCUCAUGCGGUGAACAAAGUGUGUGUAGCCGAGAUGAAGCGACAGCCACUGAGUGCAAUCGACCGUGCUUC